AUUGCAAUUUUGCACAAUUUGUUAUUCGAAGUUUCAGCAAUAAACAACGGAGAAUUUUAUCCUUCCGCUACUACCUAAGUUGCUGACAAAAUGCUAAAGCUCGCAGCAGCCAUUCUGUGUUUGGCACUGGUUGCCGACGCGGCACUCGUACGCAUACCAUUAAACAAGCCCAACAAACGACGCGCUAUUAAGAAUAUCAGCACACACCUGGCCGUGUUGCGUAGCAAAUAUAAUUCAAAUUUCAUUGCUACCAGCGAACAAUUGACCAACUAUCUGGACGAUCAAUACUAUGGACCGAUUACAAUUGGCACGCCACCACAAAACUUCCAAGUGCUCUUCGAUACCGGCUCCUCGAAUUUGUGGGUACCUGGGGCACCAUGCGCUGCCAAUGAUUUGGCUUGUCAAACGCACAACACCUACAACGCAGAGGACUCCAGCACUUAUCAGUCGAACGGUGAAAGCUUCGCUAUACAAUAUGGCACCGGCAGUUUGACGGGUUACUUAGCCUCAGACACUGUGACGGUGAACGGUUUGGCCAUUACGGAUCAGACUUUUGGUGUAGCGACGUCAGAGCCUGGCAACACUUUCGUUGACUCCGAAUUCGAUGGUAUACUCGGUAUGGGUUUCCAACAGAUCGCUGUGGAUAAUGUAGUGCCACCAUUCUACAAUAUGUACACACAAGGUUUGAUUGAUUCCGCCGUCUUCGCUUUCUACUUGACGCGUAAUAGCACAUCCACUCAGGGGAGUGAACUAACACUCGGUGGCAUUGAUUCUACACAUUAUGUGGGCGAACUCACUUACGUGCCGGUCAUUAACGAAGGUUAUUGGCAAUUCCAAGUAGAUGCGGUUAGUAUUGAUGGCACUGAACUGAGUGGUGAAUGUACAGCCAUUGCGGAUUCAGGCACCAGUUUGUUGGCUGUGCCCACAGAUCUUUAUGUCAGCGUACAGGCUGCUAUUGGUGCUGAACAAAGUGGUGAGGGGCAAUAUUUUGUCGACUGCUCACAAGUGAGCGAAUUGCCCGUUAUUUCGUUCACCAUUGGUGGCACCCCAUUCGAGCUGAGUGGCGCUGAUUAUAUAGUUGAAGGGCUUAAUGAAGCUAAUGAGGUGGUGUGCAUGUCUGCUUUCGAAGAUGCCGGUACUAAUUUUUGGAUUUUGGGCGAUGUUUUCAUGGGUAAAUACUACACGGUCUUUGAUAUGGGCAACAAUCAAGUCGGCUUUGCGCCAGCAUCGAAUGGGGAAUCGAUUGGCAGUUCCGCUUGUGAUUGCUCAUGUGCAUCAAGCAACUUGGUAUGAGUCUUAGGUGUGGUAGGUAUCAAGAAUGAUAUUAAAAAAUAUGGAUAAAAAUAUAUA